CCUGCAUCGUGAGCGUCAUAACCUAAGUUUUUACAACCGGAAUCGACUAGUAGAUGCAUCGUUUUGCCUAUAUUGACCUGCAAAAGAUUUAGUUUAAGCACAAUGGCCGUCCGGUUUUGAGCAACCGUAUCCCGAUGACCCGCCCAAACUACUAAGGCUUGGAGAGCCAGUGCUAAUGGCAUCCCCGACGCUCGGGUGUCCCAAUUAUUGUCGUAGAAUAGCCAACUCUGCCUAGUUACCUAGCAACAAGCGUUUUUAUAUUUUGGAGUUUCCGUCCUUUACCUCCAGUUAUCGAUCAAAUAGGCGCUGCCUCACCCGCCCCUAUUGCAUCUCGUUGGCUGGCCCCACCCACGCCUUCAGUUGGCCUGAGCAAUUUAGAUCGCAGUUCUACUUUCGGUAGGAGCGAGACUGUUAUUCGGCUGUUGCGUGGUGACCGCACACCUCGUUCCAAUAUCGCGAAGAUGGACUUUCUGUCCGCAAAGUCGGAUGAUAUCCAGUCGACCAAGACCAAGGCGGUGGAAGAUGCACGCCAAAUGCAAGUCAGUGUGAUCGAGGAAUGCAAGAAAUCUUCUCGGGAUCCUCCAAAUUAUAUGUUACUGGAAUUGAUUGGGAAAGGAAGUUUUGGGAGAGUCUACAAAGCUUAAGUCUUUCUACAAUUCGCCCGCGCAAAUGCCCUGGUUUUAAUUUGAAUCUACUGUUUAGGAAAGACUUGACUUCUACCGCGGUUGUCGCUGUCAAGAUUAUCGAUAUUGACGAGGGUGACACUUUGAACCCACGCCUCGCCGAUACUUAUUCGGAAUUUAUGAAAGAAGUCAAUGCACUUAAGCUUCUCAGCGAAACAAAGGCCCGGAACAUCAAUCAUGUGAUUGAAGCCCUUCCGGUUGGCAAGGCAAUGUGGAUGAUAACGGAGUACUGCGGCGGCGGCAGUAUUUCUACAUUGAUGAGACCAACACCAAAAGGCCUCCGCGAGCGGUACAUUAUUCCCAUUUUGAGAGAGGUUGCAGAAGCUGUUUAUUGGGUCCACCAAGCCGGUAUCAUUCAUCGAGACUUGAAAUGUGCGAAUGUCCUCAUUACCGAAGAUGCGUUCAGCUUUGUGAUUUCGGUGUCGCUGGCAUGAUGGAGACAUCCCUCGAUAAGAGAUCCACAUUCAUAGGCACUAUAAACUGGAUGGCGCCCGAGCUGUUUAACGCAAACCCACAUUAUGGCAAAGAGGUUGAUAUAUGGGCUUUUGGAUCGAUGGCUUACGAAAUGGCCACAGGCCUGCCCCCAAACGCAAGAUCUGGAAUUACCGAUGGCGCUGAAAUGGGAGACUAUCUCAAAGAACACAUCCCACGGCUCGAGGGGAACCAGUAUAGUGAGGGCUUGAAGAAUAUCGUGGCAUAUUGCCUCGAAGAGCGUGUUUCAGACAGGCCGGACAUCAAUCUGUCCAGAUGCAUCCGUAUAUUUACAACACCAACAAUGCAUAUCCAGCAUAUUCUCUUGUUGAACUUGUCAGGGCCUUCAAACACUGGGAGGUCUGGCGGUUCUCGAAAGUCGCUUUUCAUGUUGGGAGGCGCACAAGGUCCAUCUGAUGCGUUUCCAUCUAGCGAAGAUCAGGAUAAUUGGAAUUUCUCCACAACUGCUGCGUUUGAUCAGGCCGUUGGUGAUUCGACCAACCUACAGGACGUCAUAAAUGUUUAUGGCAGUUCCGUUGAUCUCAGCACUGAGUUAGCAGAAAAGACUUCCAAGCCCUCCCGCCAACAACAGGCAAGAGAACGUGGCAGACGCCGCCCUCCGCCAGAGCUAUUGAACCCAAUUAAAGCUCCCCUUGAAAAACUGUUCGAUCCUAAUACAAUCUCCAACUACGAGGAUAACUCAAGGAUACAUUAUGGGCGAGACUUUGUAAUGCCAGUCUCUGACCUUCCACUGAGAGAAAGGGACGACACGGCUCAGAUAUCUAUCAGAGACACGAUGAUCGAUUUGGGCGGGCAUGACACUGAAACUGGACUAUCAAGUUUCCCAGAUCUUACCAUCCGACCUGACCGAGAAAUUCGCGCCAGUGAUACUGAUAACACCGAUGACAUUGAAUACAGCUACGACGAUAACACCAUGCAUGGUUUUGGCAGACAACCGUUAUCGCAUCCAGCUGAAAACCCAAACCGUCGCACCCGGGACUGGAAAUUCCCAUCCGCUCCAGCAGCAUCUUCAGACGUGGAAACAAGCCGUUUUCCAAACACAGCGGCUCCAGCCCGCCCUCCUGUCACGCUGGGAUCCGGUGGUCGCCCAACGCUAGUGCACCACCCCACAGAGCCGCUCGGCGUUGGGUUUAAUAACUUUAUGGCGUCUGCACCCACUUCCCCCAGACAAUCCAUUCGAGAGUCUCUGAUAGACCUUGAUUUCGGCCUUCCAGAUUCCGCACCGGAAUACGUUCCGGACUACGCCCCAGAACCUUCUCGACCAUCUACCGCUGAUUCUACAACAAGUAACGAAUUUGUUUCAGGCAAUCCUUUUGAUUUGGAACGCCAUGCGUCGACUAGUUUCCGCAAUGCACCAAGGGAACCCUCUCUUUAUCUUCCGGGGGACUCAGGAUUUGCAGGCCAUUUCCGCGCCCGAAGCAACCUGCAAGAUGUAGCAGAUAUAUCUGACUUCUCCGGCUCUGAUGCCGAGCAAUAUGGCCCGCCAAAUGGCCAAUACUAUGGCCAGCGAGCCCAACAGAUGUUCGACUACUUUGACGCAGAUUAUUUGCAGCCUCCGAUCAUCGAAAAACCGUUCAACCACCAAUCAGCCCCGUCCUGGAAUACACCCCAGGGCGUAGUCUACGGCAUGGACCGAUUUCCGUCGCUGCCAAUUCCGCCUUCUAUGGGAGCGUUGGCGGGCACAUCAACAAGCGAAGAAAUGGCAGGCGAGCUUCAACGCCUUCUUGGUGGUCUGACCACACAGCUGGAAGCUUACCGGGACGUUGCCGAAUCUCUCCCUGCAGGCCAAAACGCACCCAAUCAGCGCGAAAAAAACCACUCGGAUGGAGUGAGACAUGCACUGUAUGGUUGUUUAUAUAGACUCAAAGAGAUCCAAGUACGAUAUUACCAAACCGAUACCAUGGAUGAUGAAUUGUGUUUUUUUUGUUGGCAUUAAAGGAAACUUCUACGAAACGGGCGCCUAUGUACGUUGAGUCAAUAAUGAGAGUAUACAUGAACCAAGUGGGUUUCAGGCGGCUAUAAUCUUUGUUGAUAGAAUAAGGCUUGCCUUUGGUUUAUGUCUCAUAAGACUUGACUUGAAAACGUCAACGGUUCAAUAGAUAGCGAGCGGAAUUGUUCACAUCUGAGUGUAAUGAAACUUGAAAUUUUACGUUAAUUGAGUUCGUACUGAAUAUGCCAGGGUCUAUUAAGUUAUUGACCAUUUCCCGGUGAAGUGUGAAACGUUUGGAUUUGGAACCACCUCACGUCAUGCCUAGGCUGACGCCCUUGCC